AUGGCCCCGUGGGUGCUGGCGCUGGUGCUGGUCCUGGGGGCGGUCGAGGAGGGGACAGCUCUCCCCGUGGCUGUCCCGUCGGGUGCCGCCGCGUUCCAUCGCGCCGCCAAGGCGUCGUGGCGGCUGCCCGGGCGGUUCCUGGUGGUGCUGCGGGCGGGCAGCGGGGAGGCCGAGGUGCGAAGGGCUGCGGGGAGGCUGGAGGAGAGGGCGGCUCGGCGGGGACACCCGACCCAGCUCCUGCACCUCUUCCACUUCCUGCCCGCCUUCCUGAUGGAGAUGAGCAGAGACGUCCUGGGCAUGGCAUUGAAGCUGCCACGUGUGGAGUACGUCGAGGAGGAUGCCUAUGUCUUUGCCCAGAGCAUCCCCUGGAACCUGGGCAGGAUUGUGCCCCCGCAGCCCAGCUCGGGUGCUUACAGCCCUCCCAAUAAAGGUGACCUGGUGGAGAUUUACCUGCUGGACACCAGUGUGCAGAGCACCCAUCGGGAGAUCCGGGGCAGGGUGCAUGUGACCAGCUUUGAGAGUGUCCCUGAAGAGGAAAGCACCCAUGUCCACAAGCAGGCCAGCAAGUGUGACAACCACGGGACCCACACAGCCGGGGUGCUGGGUGGGCACGACGCCGGCGUGGCCAGAGGCACCAGCAUCCACAGCCUGCGUGUGCUGAACUGCCAGGGGAAGGGCACCAUCAGUGGGACCCUCAUGGGCCUGGAGUUUAUCAAGGGGGUGCUGGAGGCUCAGCCCCACACCCCACGGGUGGUUCUGCUGCCCUUGGCUGGUGCCCACAGCCGUGUGCUGAACGCUGGCUGUCACCAGGUGGCACAGAUGGGGGUGGUGAUGGUUGCUGCUGCUGGUAACUACAAGGAUGAUGCCUGCCUGUACUCACCAGCAUCCGAGCCAGAGGUCAUCACAGUGGGUGCUACCAACCGUGAGGACCAGCCAGCCUCCAUUGGCACCCUGGGCACCAACUUUGGUCGCUGUGUGGACCUCUUUGCCCCUGGGGACGACAUCAUUGGUGCCUCCAGUGACUGCAGCACGUGCUUCAUGGCACAGAGUGGGACAUCGCAGGCAGCUGCGCACGUGGCAGGCAUGGCUGCCAUGCUGCUCAGUGCCCAGCCUCAGCUGAGCUCUGCUGAGCUCCGUCAGCACCUCCUGCACUUUGCCACCAAGAACACCAUGGACAUGGCGUGGUUCCCCGAGGAGCAGCAGCUCCAGACCCCCAACAGCGUGGCCAGGCUGCCCCCCCAGCUGGGCACAGAGCAGCAGCUGUCCUGCCGCUCCGUGUGGUCAGCCCUCUCCCCCCUCUCCCGUGGCUCCAUGGCCGUGGCUCUCUGCCUGGACACUGAGGAGAUGCUGGGCUGCUCCAGCCUCUCCCGCAGCCACAGGCGGCUCGGAGAGCAGAUGGAGGAGAAGGAUGGGCAGAAGCUGUGCGUGGCCCGCAACGCUUUCCGGGGCCGGGGUGUCCGUGCCAUCGCCCGGUGCUGCGUGUGGCCCAGGGCCAAGUGUUGGAUCAGCACCAGCUCCCCAGUGUCCCAGGGCACGGUCUGCUCCCCAAGGGACCAUGUGCUGACAGGGUGCAGUUUCCACUCCCCUACCACUGUGCUGGGUGAUGGUGGCAGACCCAUCCCGGGGCCUGGGCGUGAGCCCAGCCACUGUGCUGGCAGGACAGAGGUGGUGGCACGUGCCUCGUGCUGCCCUGCGGCCAGCCUGGAGUGCUGGGUGAAGGAGCACGUGUCCCCCAGCUCUGCGGAGAAGGUGACGGUGUCGUGUGAUGAGGGGUGGACACUGACAAGCUGCAGCACCUCUUCCCAGAGCCCUGGCACCCGGGGAGCCUACGCCGUGGGUGACACCUGCGUGGCUGCCAGCCUGCAGGGCACCCGUGCCACCACCGCCAUCGCCAUCUGCUGCCGCAGCCGGCAGUAG